UUCUCUGUGUCACCAAAGUUUUAUUUUUGGAGAAACUAAUCCUUUAAAUUUCUCAAUUUUAUAGAAAAUAUCGAUUAACUCUUUCUUUUUUUUUUUUAAAUGAUUAUCAAUUUAAUUUUAUCGAUUUGGUUGAAGAUUUGUUGAAAAAUUGCCACAAUUGUGGAGCUUUUUUUUAUAGUUAUAUGUAGGGCAACCUUUUUUCAAUGGCGGGAAGCACUGAAAGGAAAAAUGCUCUCUCAAAGCAAAAAAAAAUCCCCCAAAGGAUAUCUCCCAUGCCUGUGAGUGUGAAUGUACCAAUGCAAAAUGCUACACAAUAACUCCAUGAGAUACCCAAGGAGUAACAAUGGGUGUGAAAGCUUCAGCGAAAGCUCUCUAGAGCAGACAAUCCCCUGAAAAGUCAUGCGCUCUAUUCUUACCCACCACACAAUGGGGAAUUUCCUGUGAGAGAGAAAGGAAAGAAUUGCGAGAAAAGAAGCAUUCUCUGGGACAUUUUUAUCCAAUUGGAGUCUGUGUGGAGUACUUCCUUUUUAGCUGCUACAAUUGGCUCAUUGUCUUGCAUAAACAAUUGACGCCUCCUUUGCAGAGCUUUCGCUAUAUAUUCUUAGGAAAAUUCGCCAUUAAGCUUGUAAGUAACGAAUUUAACGUUUUUUUCUUUCUUUAAGCUUAAGACAUUUUUAUAUAUCCUCUAUAAGCUUUUAAAGAAAAAUAUCCUAGAAAAGGGGUUAGAAGCUUUUUGCUUUAACCAUAUACCUCGUGACCUUCAGAAUUGACAGGUAUGUCAUAUAAGAUCCUCUUUCAGGGAAUCACGUGGACCAUGGAUUAUCAGAUGCGAAUACAAUAAUUGUCUAUUUCACUUAUUCCUCUCAUGCAUUUCCCCUUCUUCUUCUUUACCAUCCCGUCGGAUGGGCAUACCGCGCGCUGUGCAUUAAGAAAGGCACGCUUGAUUAGAGCAGCGCCGCCCCAUCAUCGCAUCGUGUACGAACCAAUGGUGUCUUCCGACCAAUAACAAUGUAACAAAAGGCGGACGCCUGCGCUAUUUGGCUCUUUCGUUCAAUUUUCCACCUUCAACCGCACCGUACUUGCCGACAGUUGCUCCACACCGCAGUGGCGGCAGCACUGUCUCGCGCGCGCCCGCUUUUCACGCAGUAUCUCUUCCCCUUUUUUUCGUUGGGAAAUUCGCGGAAAGUGUAUUAGCCUUUUAGCGUUUUCGCCACGCAAGUUAUUGUCGUAACUUUUGUCUCCAAAACAGUUCCGUUUGGGGUUUUUGCCAGAUUGGAUGGUGAUUUGUUAAACAUUCCUACACUUUUUUUCUCAUUAAUAAAUUUCCCUUUUGUGCAAUGAAAUGCGUAAGAAAAUGCUCGGUUUUGCUCACCUGAGUGUCUUAACGUGCGCACUAAAAUCGAAAAAAAAUAACUCAAGUGAAGUAUUAAAAAUAAAAGUUUUAUAAAGUAAAAUUUAAAUUAGUGAUUGAUCACAUAGAAACGCAAAAGUGACCACACAGUGACCCCACAGCGACACCACAGUGACUCCAAGAAUUACCCAGAUAACAUGAUAGCCACAGAAGCUACAUAUUCCUUACUUUCUCCACCCUUUGUGACCACAUAGCCCUCUGUAGGUGGAAAUUAACCGCCAUUGAGUGCCAGAGUUUAACUUUGAAGAAAAAAAAAUUGAAGACAAUUUUCCGCCAAAAGUGGAAUUUUUCAUCUCGUGGAGCUACAAAAAUUGAUUCAGGCAGCAAUCCUGCGGCAUGAUGGACAGAAUACCGUCACUGUCCCUACCGGGCCUAUCUCUGCCGCAUCCUCUGUCAAUCCCAACGACACAGAGUAUCGCCAAUCACACGUCGCACCUCAACAGUCUGAAUCUCCAUUCAGCCCAGAAUCUCCAUGCAACGUCCACAGCAUCGCUGCACCACCAUCAGACCCCCACGCAGACUGCGGGGAAUCUCCAUCAGAAUAUUGGGGGCAUGAUGACUAACACAGGAAGCACAAAUUUCUUCUGCAGUCUCAUGGGCCAGAAUCCCGCCAAGAGAGCCACAGAGGAGCACAUAAAGCGCCCCAUGAAUGCCUUUAUGGUGUGGUCGCGUCUGCAGCGUCGCAAAAUUGCCCAAGACAAUCCCAAGAUGCACAAUUCGGAGAUUUCAAAGCGACUCGGUGCUGAAUGGAAAUUGCUGAGUGAAGACGAAAAACGUCCAUUUAUCGAUGAAGCCAAACGUUUGAGAGCUAUGCACAUGAAGGAGCAUCCUGACUACAAAUACCGACCACGUAGGAAACCAAAAGCCCUCAGACGAGAUGGCUAUCCGUAUCCAAUGCCAUACCCAUCAGUCCCCGUGGAAGCUCUUCGGGCAGGAAUAACUCCGGGAUAUUUUGCUCCUGGUCCACCGUACCAUCUGGGCAGUCAUCUCUCGCAGACGAGUCCUCCAACAACUCAGGCCUCCCUUUCAUCGCAAAUGGACGUGUCAAAGUUCACAUUGGACCGUAGCGCGUAUUUGGGUACAGCAGCUAGCUCCCUCUAUGACACAUCGAAGGCGCCAACGAGUGCAUACAGCGCCUACCUCGAUCCGUCCGUCCUUACGAAGGCCUACUUCGAUUCAAAGAUGUACCAAGAUCGGGCAGCCAACUAUGCCUUCGACAUCAGUAAGAUCUACGGGCAGCAGCAGCUCCAGCAGCCAUCCAAUGGUAUGACAUCGAACAACAAUAAUCUCGAUGAGCGCGAAUCUACGCCACAACUCAACGAUCUGGGUGACAAAGGGCAGCUACCGGGUGGGCAGGAGAGUCAACUGGAGGGUGGUGGUGCUUCCUAUCCCUCCAGUGGGUACCAAUACCCACCGGGGGGUGACUUUCGGAGGCCACUCACUGUGAUUUUCUGACCGGACAAGGAUUAAGUGGGGAGUGUGGCUUAACUCAUGAGCCUCCUCCAUCCACAUAGAGGGAUACUUUAAUCCCUAAGUAAUGAAUUGCAGGCGUGGUGCACUUUAAGGAAUUUACUAUUUAUUUAUUUCUUCAAAUUCUUCGCUCAUUCAUGUAAAAUUAUUUUAAAAUAAAAAUAAAUUACCGUCGGAGUAUACAGUAGAAAAAUUCUGCAGAUUUUCCUAGACAUUUUCUCAGAAAAUUGGAGUUUUUUUGUUCUAUAUCUAUUGUGCAAUAAAACUUAGAUUUCAAAUUCUUUAAAAUAUCUUUCUUUUAAUAAAAAUUAAAUAUAUUCUUUGGAUAAUUCGUACGAAGUCUUACGAAAUUUCCAAGGAGAAAUUAUUUGAGAACAUUCAACUGUUAAAAAAAAAACAGUCAAACGAGUCAAACAAUAAAGAAUUCUUAAGUGUUCCACCCUGUAAGCUUCUAUUCUAUCUAAAAUGGUGUAAAUAUAUGAAGAAUAUAGUAGCAAAUAAAUAGAAUUUAAAAAAAUAAAAGAGAAAAAAAGAACAUUUUAAAAAAAUCUAUCGAUAGCAUAACUUUUCUGUAUAUUUAAAAAGAAUAGAAAAUAAAACGAAAUAUUCUUAAUCUGGCAAUGGAAAUUUAAUUGGAAUAGAGAACAUUGUAAAAUUAUACCCAUGAAAUUUGAUGUAAUUUUGUCGUUGAUCACACACACAAAAAAAAGUGAAGAAAAAAUAUUAAAUAAUAGAGUGUAAAUUAUUGAGGAAAAAUAAACAAAUCUAUCAUGUGGAAAAUUAUUCAUGAGGGAGAAAUUAUUGAGUAAAUAGAAAAUGAAUAAACAGAUGAUGGAAAAAAUGGCA